CACUCUAAGCCAGUUAUUAAUAUCAGCCCAGUGAGCUCUGCAUCCACCAGGAGCAUAUGGUGUUUUUGAGAGGCAGAGCGACCAUCCCCGUGACUUUUGGACUUGGCCCGUUGAACCCCUGAACAGAACCGAGGUUGCUAGGAGAUCACCUGUGCCCGCAGCACCCUGGUCCAGCGAGAGCAGGAGAGGAGAGUUGGAGGGUAGAGCUGAGCUGCCUGCCACCACCCGGGGAUCUCAGGGAGCAAGAAGACCCAAAAAUGAGUGGCAAAAACUGGAUAUUAAUUUCUACUACUUCACCCCAAAGCCUGGAAGAUGAAAUUCUGGGGCGACUUCUGAAAAUUCUAUUUGUUUUGUUUGUUGACUUAAUGUCCAUUAUAUAUGUCGUUAUAACUUCCUAAAAACCCGACUUCCUUUACUCCGUGUGUACGUUUCCAACGAAAUCCCAGUGAAUAAAGAUCUGCAUUUUAAUGUGA